AUGCCUCCUGCGAAGCGUACCACCGCCCCACAAGCCAGGCGCUCGAAACGGCUACAAGCAGACCUCUCUGAGGCCGGACCUUCGUCGGUUGCGGAGAAUCCUCCCAUGCCUCAGCAGCAAACUGGACAAGGGGGAGAAAUACAAGGAGGACAAGGAGCGAUGCAGCUGGACGUGCGGGCUCUUACAAGUACCAUUUCCUUGGCCGUGGCACAGGCCGUAAAGGAUGCAAUGGCUGCGCAUCAAGCUACCGUCUCCAGUACGGUAACGCCAACGCCGUCAGCCGCAGUAGAGCAGGUUGUACAAAACGAAGUCCUCUCAUAUACAACAGGUACAACUAAACAGGCACUCCUACCAGCAUUGCUUGGGGUGGGCGAUCAGCCGCGGCCUAGCCACCCCUUCUCUAGCAUAGCUGUUAAUCUAGGUUCUCGUGUGAGCGCUAAAAUCAAAGCGAAAAUCUGGGCAAAUGAAUAUACUGACUUUGGAGCACUGCUCUCUAUCGCACCCUCGAGAAAAGUUUGCUCUUUCCAUGGUUUCCAGUGGGGGUGCUGUAAAUCAACCACAGUUAACUCUCGAGCCUUACAUACACCGAAAAAGGUCACUAAUAUCAGCCAGUGGCUCACCGCUUUUAACACGUUUGUAUCCAUUUAUUCCGUAAAAUGUUCCCAGGAUGCCCCUAAGCUAAUGAAAUAA